AUGUCUUCCGAUAGACUCCUCAGAACAGUCUUGCAGCAUUACCCAGAUGUUCACGAUGCCGCGAAGACCGACCAAAUUAUCGGAUCGACGACACACCUUCUUACCGAGCUUACAAACCCGCUGAAUCUCGGCCUCCUCACGUCGCAACUUUUGACGGCCCCAGCGAUCUGGUUCCAACCGGGCGGCAUUCGUACUUCUGUUCGGGUUAUAAGCAUAUACAACACUGCUGCUGCGCGCAUUCACAAUUACGAAGUUGCCGCGCGCGAUCGAAAAGAACCCCAUGAAGGUGGAGGGCUGGGAUGUGAAGAAUGGACGCGCGCCGUUGUCAAAGGAGCGGACGAUCGAUCGAGACGAUGGCAACAUCUCUUAGUGCUCACUGGUGUCCUUAUGGGUAUGGAGUCGAGCAAUCGCCAAUCUCUUCCGCGCGGGUUGAGGAAUACUCUUGAAGAGGCCGUUGUGAUGGCAGCCAACCUGGCACUCGACAGUCGCGAAGAGGAUGGGCCGGUGGCAGGCGCAUCGGUUGUCAUGGCUCUGAACUUUGCCUUCCCGUUGCUCUCCGACUUCCAUAGGAGCCUCAUCAACUGCAAUGCACUGUUGCCUCUUAUCGUCUGGACAGUGAUUGCCGAGGAGGGCCUUGCCUACGGCCAGUUCCUUGCUUCAGUUAGCUCCGAGAUCGUCGAAUCACCAAACCAUCUCCUUGCUUGGUCACCGAAUACGCCAUCGUUUCGAUACAUUCAGGAACUGGAUCAGCGGCCUACGUUGGCGAAUUUGGGCCCCCUGGCUAAACUUGCUGGGUUUGCAGUCCAGCAGGCAACCGAUACAAACGCCGUCAUUGCUGCACAGGACGCCCUUGUUGAUUUUAGCAACAGAGUACUGGACGCCUGGCGGCUGAACCGGUUGAGCGAUAUAGAUCCUGCACUGGAGGCCAAUGUGCUCACUCAGGAGACCCUUACAAUCACUUGGCCGGUCCUCUGGAACCUGCUCAGAAAGGUCAUGUUUGGAACAGUUGUUAUCCUUCAAGCGAUCGUCUCACGAAGUCUGCUUGACCCGCACAUGCUCAAUAAUGUGGCUGCCCCUAUCAUUGCGUCAAAGUCUCUGCGCAUACUACGCAACAUCUUCUUCAUUUCUUCAAGAAACGGCAACAGCGCGUUUCAAGUUUAUAAUUUUACAUAUCUGACAUCGAUCGACUCCAUUUCGCGAAGUUCCGAUGCCUGUCACCUUUUUCUUCAGGAGUUCCGACCCUCUGAAGAUGCAUCAACAUCCACCACAUAUCUGCAAAGAUCCUUAGACUUGUUCUACCUCAACCUCUCGGAACACCUACCACUUACUCUGUCAACGGAUGCAUGCGAUGCACUGAUAAUAAAACCGGCAAUUGCAUAUAUCUCUCAUGAAGGACCGACAACACAAAACAUGGUUGACAUCUUUGAGUCUGCGCAUAGUGCCAUUCUCUCGACCAUCUCCUGUCCCCAACACAGUCCUCUCACCAUUCAACUCACACCAUUCUAUAUCGACCUUCUGUUUAAUUCGUUCCCGCAGUAUAUCUCAUCUCACCAAUUCCGGGUGGCUUUCAAGACUGUUAUGCAGAUUGUAUCGCCCCCAUUCCCCAUUGCAGAGUUGGAGCCGCAUAUUUCGGAGACUCUGUUGGAGAUGCUUCGCUCUUCAGUUUCAGCAGCACCAACAAGUCUGCUUCCGUCUACAUCAAACAUUGUUGCCCAAGCCGCUAUGGAGGAAUCGCAGGAAGAGCGCUUUUCUCAGCAAAGCUCCCUUGCUUUAGCUCUAGUUGAUUCGCUUCCAUAUCUACCGCUUCCUUUAUUGGAAGAAUGGUUUACGAUUACUGCUCAAGCCAUGAAUGAAAUUAAAGACCCGGCACUACGAGAACCCGUCAAGCAACGGUUCUUACAGCUUCUAGUUAGUGGAGAGCUAGAUGUGGAGCGAGCAGCCAUCGGGGUGGCUUGGUGGGGAACUCGAGGAGGCCGGGAACUUAUUCUUGGUGCAAGCGCGGAACCUGCCAUGAUGAGCGGUGCACUCCCUGGACCUGAUAGAUCUAGCCGGCUAUGA